CAGGCAGGGCGUUGCCUUCUUACAUUAAUUCCUGACUCUGCCCGCAUCUAACUUAGUGCAGAGGACACGAAAAACCCGAAGAGAGUGUAAGGCAGGCUCAGCACCGUCGGACUUGAAGAUGGCCCCUUUUCAGACCAAUAAGGAUCUGAUCUCUACAGGAAUAAAGGAGUUUAAUGUCCUGUUGGAUCAGCAGGUCUUUGAUGAUCCUCUUAUCUCUGAAGAAGACAUGAAGAUUGUGGUUGAUGACUGGGUGAACUUGUACACCAACUAUUACAAGAAGCAUGUGCGUGGGGAGCAGCAGGAGCAAGACAGGGCUCUGAAAGAACUUCGGCAAGAGCUGAGUACUUUGGGCAGCCAGUUUCUAGCCAAAUACAGGACCAUUCUGAAGUCCAACGAGUCCCCAAGCAGUAAACAGCCUUCCUCAUAGCUUAAAGGCUCUGGACAUCGUGUCUUAGCACCCAGAACUCUUGGCUCUCUGUUAUGCCUUCAGACCAUUCUCCCAUGAUGUUGCUGUACUUUGACACGCCAAUAAAGACCAAUACUAAUGUGUUGA